UUCACUUGCUAGCUGGGCAGCCGGCUAGCCAGCAUUUUCCCCCCUGCCUAAAUACUUUCAUCCAUGAUGGCGGAGGAUAGCGAAUCCGCAGCCAGUCAGCAGAGCUUGGAAUUAGACGACCAGGACACAUGCGGGAUAGACGGGGACAACGAGGAGGAAAAUGAGCAUAUGCAGGGGAGCCCUGGGGGUGACCUGGGAGCCAAGAAGAAGAAGAAGAAACAGAAGAGGAAGAAAGAGAAGCCCAGCUCAGGAGGAGCCAAAUCGGACUCCGCCUCCGACUCGCAAGAGAUCAAGCAGAACCCAGCCAUCCCCAUGCAGAAGCUGCAGGACAUCCAGAGGGCCAUGGAGCUGCUGAGCACCUGCCAAGGUCCCGCCAAGAACAUCGACGAGGCCACCAAGCACAAGUACCAGUUCUGGGACACGCAGCCCGUCCCCAAACUCAAUGAGGUGGUGACGAGUCACGGGGCCAUCGAGCCGGACAAGGAGAACAUCCGGCAGGAGCCCUACUCACUCCCCACAGGCUUCAUGUGGGACACACUGGACCUCAGCAACAGCGAAGUGCUUAAGGAGCUGUACACGCUACUGAACGAGAACUACGUGGAGGACGACGACAACAUGUUCCGCUUCGACUACUCCCCAAACUUUUUGAAAUGGGCGUUGCGGCCACCUGGUUGGCUCUCCCAGUGGCAUUGUGGGGUGAGGGUCUCCUCCAAUAAGAAGCUGGUCGGCUUCAUCAGUGCCAUUCCUGCUGAUAUUCACAUCUACGACACGUUGAAGAGGAUGGUGGAGAUUAACUUCUUGUGUGUGCAUAAAAAGUUGCGUUCAAAGAGAGUGGCUCCUGUUCUGAUUCGGGAGAUUACGCGGCGAGUUAACCUGGAGGGGAUAUUCCAGGCAGUGUACACCGCUGGGGUGGUCUUGCCCAAACCCGUGUCCACAUGCAGAUACUGGCACCGUUCUCUAAACCCCAGGAAGCUGGUGGAGGUGAAGUUCUCUCACCUCAGCAGAAACAUGACGUUACAGAGGACCAUGAAGCUCUACAGACUACCGGAUAGCACGCGUACCCCUGGCCUGAGGCGCAUGGUGGAGGCUGACGUGCCCCAGGUGACGUCCCUGCUGCAGAGCCACCUGAGCCAGUUCAGCCUGCGGCCCGUCAUGAGGGAGGACGAGGUGCACCACUGGUUCCUGCCCCAGGACAACAUCAUCGACACCUUCGUGGUGGAGAGUCCUGAGGGCGUCCUGACGGACUUCACCAGUUUCUACACGCUGCCGUCUACGGUGAUGCACCACCCGCAGCACAAGAGCCUGAAGGCCGCCUACUCCUUCUACAAUGUCCACACGCACACGCCGCUCAUAGACCUGAUGAACGACGCACUCAUACUCGCCAAACUGAAAGGCUUUGAUGUGUUCAACGCGCUAGACCUAAUGGAGAACAAGACCUUCCUGGAGAAGCUGAAGUUUGGCAUCGGCGACGGCAACCUGCAGUACUAUCUCUACAACUGGAAGUGUCCCCCCAUGGAACCAGAGAAGGUUGGCCUGGUUCUACAGUGAGACGGACCUCUCUCGUCACUCAGAGGACCUCUUCCACCAUUGAUCUGAUCUGGACAUUGAGGUAGUCCUCAGGAACAGCCCGAAAUAAAGAAAUACGUCACAAAAAGACAACAAAAACCCAAAACCUGUCAAAGCGGAACGAUAGACUUUUUAACGCUGCUCUUGCAAUCGUCAUCAUCUGUAAUAUCAUAAUAAUCAUCAUCAACACCAUCAUCAUCAGCAGCAGCAGUCAUGGCCGUCUGAGCUGAGGGAGCCGACUCGCUCUGUCCUCUCCUUCCCUUUUAUCCUGAAUGUGAAUCACAACAUCCAUGUCAAAGUGGCUCAUGCAGCAACAAGAUAUCUCCUCAUCUUAACGCCAUACUUUACUGUACUGUACUGUACUUACUCCUGUCGACUGUGCACAAAUACACACACACACAGACACGGACACACGCAUACAAACGGACAAACAUUGUUCAUUUCAACAUGUUUCAUGCUUACUGUUACAUUAUACAGUGGUCUACCUGCACACACAAUCCAUUGGAAGGAGUUGUGUAUGACUGACAUUGUUACAAAUGUUUUUUUUUGUUCUGUUUUUUUUGUGUGUUAUUUUGUACAGUUAAGAUGCAUCAGUGUUUGACAGAAGCAAACCUGUAGAACUCUAUACAUUUCCUGGCAGAUAUUUAUUAUUACUACUUGCGUUAUAUGGGUCGGCCAGAGGAGGACCGUUACAAUCCAAAGUUUGUCUCUGUGUUGGGUCCUUUCUCCCAGAGAAAGAGCCUUGGUUGGGUAGUGUAGCUUACCUAUGUUGCGGGGGGGUCAAUGUGGGGUAUUUUCAAGAAAGAAUGUAUUUUGCAUUUUUGAAGCACAAACGUAAACAUAAUUGAACUGAAUGCUCUGUGGUGCAUUAUUAUUUCAUUGUUUUGUUUGUUUACUUUUCUGUGUUUUGCUGUGUACGGUAGGAAUGUAUGUGUGAGGGGGCAAUGUUUAUUGACCUGUCACUACAUAGUCGAUCUGAGGUCUAUACUACAAAGCUGGUUCAGGAUAAGUUAAGGUUAAGUUAAGAGGUAAAUCGUCUAAUACAAGAUCUUUUCUUAGGAAAAUAAGGACUCCAGGCUCUUCUAUUAGAUGAUUUACCUCUUAACUUAUCCUGAACCAUUUUUGUAGUAUAGGCUCCAAGGGGAAGCCUGGAGGUAGAAUAUCCUGACAAUGUUUAUAUUCCACACAGUGCUAUUUUUGUUCUUUUAAGUUAUACUGAUAGGAUGUUUUAUGUUUUUUUUUCUUGUAGUAUUUGUUUUCUUUUAUUUGAAAUGAAAGCAACAAUUUGAAAAAAAAAAAAGUAUAUGGUUUCAAAUAGAAGGUACCCACUUGUGAUGCCUUCAAUGUCAUCUGAGAAUACAGCACAUGGUGCACAGCCAUUUUCUCACUCCCAAAUGGUGACUUUUGUUUCUCUUAACAAGCCAAUACAUUGUGAAUUCUGAUGUUUAAUUUUGAAAAAUGUUCAUAGAUGGCCUGAAAUAGGUGACAAAAGCAUGGUUUAUCUCAGACUUAGUUAUAAAUAUGAAACCUUGUGUUGUGCAAGGUUAUUUCUCAAUGACUUGCUUUAUUUGAUUAUUUCUUUGACAAAAUAGCACCAUACAAUAACAUCUAGACAAUUGAACCAGACGAUCUUAGAAAGUGUCUGCUGCGGCACUCUUGUAAUCUCCGGCAAUAGAGGCACCUUACCGCAGGUAUGUCUUACUACUCUAGGUUGCCUGCCUGAUGCCUGGUUGUAUGUGCAUGUACCUGAGCCAUGUUUGUACGUGUUGUGGUAUGAAUGCCCUGAAAUCGGAGCCGCUCUGACAACACCCAAAGUACUUGCCUUAUUUGAGAGGUUUUCUUUUUUUAAUAUUGAAAAAGUCUGUAGUUUUGAAAAUGCUCAGCUUUCUCUCUUUCUGAAAACAAUAUUUUUAUUGAUCUCCAUUGCAAGUUGUUUAAAGAAACAGGAAAAAUUACCAGCACUGUAGGUACAUGACGAUCAUCCAAGUUAUGGGACUUGUUUUAAUUAUAAUACACAGUGAAUUAUACCAGCAUGGAUUUGACUGAAUAAAUUCAUCCAAAUUAUGA